AUGGGGUUGACCUCAGCGUGCAAGACGGUCCACGUGGGCCGUCAUCAGAAGCAUCAGAAAUGGUCAAAAGAUGAACCCCCAGUCUUGACUAUUUCCUCCGGUGACACUGUUACCUUUGACACUAUCGACGGGAGUAAUGGCCAGAUAGUGGAAGACUCUGCCAUUUCUGCCAUAGAUUCCUUCGAUAUCAGCCUUGCAGAUCCCGUCUUUGGACCAGUCUUCAUUCGUGAUGCGGAACCGGGGGAUGCUCUGAAAAUCGAAAUCUUGGAUCUCCAAACAGCGAACUGGGGUUGGACGGCCAUUAUGCCAGGAUUCGGACUGCUCGCCAACGAAUUCCCAGAUGCCCACUUGAAGAUAUGGAAGUUGGAUCAAGACACCGGCUUCGCGAAGUUUAACGACAAUAUACGUAUACCUCUUCGACCUUUUUUAGGGACCAUGGGACUUGCAGCAGGCGUGGAAGGUGAAUUCUCAACAAUCCCUCCAACAGACGUCGGUGGAAAUAUGGACUGUCGCGAACUCACGGCCGGCACCACACUUUACCUCCCUGUGCAGACGCCUGGUGCCCUAUUCAGCUGUGGCGACGGUCACGCUGCCCAGGGUCAUGGUGAAGUCUGUGGCACAGCGAUUGAGACUCCCAUGAGAGCUACUCUUCGAUUUACCGUCUGCAAGGAUCAUUCAUGGGUAACUUCGCCUCAUUUCCAGACAGCCCCGCAGGCCGCAGCAACGCCAUCUGUAACAGACAAAGGCAGAUAUUCGGUGAUGGGUAUCGACGCAGACUUGUUGGAGGCUGCAAAGAAGGCAGUUCGGAACACGAUACAAUGGCUGACGGCAACGAAAGGGCUGAGUCGAUCUGAAGCAUAUAUGCUCGCGAGUGUAGCAGGGGAUCUCCAGAUAGCUGAAGUAGUGGAUCUGAAUAAUGCGGUCACGAUGAGUCUGCCGUUAAAUAUCUUCGAUUCUGAACAAAAUGGUGCCUAA